AGUCAUAGCUAUUAAUAAUAUGCACUUAUACUCACUUGGAAUGGAUAGUAUGCUGCUGAACUCAUUUUUCAAUAGUUUUUAUAGAACACUUUUGGGAUCUACUGUAUUUAAUAGACCUUAAAUUGAGCACUUCCUUUGAUGUUUCUAGUAAAUUCUAGGUGGAACCUUUAUUUUUCACUAAUUUUAAUAUUUUCACAAAUUGCUUUUUGAAUAAGAU